GAUGGAGCUGAUGAGCGGCAUUUAAUACCACGAAGAAGAAAUAGCAGGAAGCGUCAGCAAACAACAGUACACGUCAGAAAUGGCUACAGGUGUGGAUCAAGCAGCUGGCAUGAGUCUUGUUGUCUUCAGCCUCCUGCUGUUUACAUACUACUCAGUCUGGGUCAUAGUCCUGCCUUUUGUUGACAGUGAUCAUGUGCUGCACAAGUACUUUCUUCCUCGGGAGUACUCGGUCAUCCUGCCUGGCAUCGCUGCAGUAAUACUGCUCCUGUGUAUUGGGGCCUUCACUGCUGUUGUCAUGUGGAAAAACCGUAAGCCAAAGAAAGCAGACUGAUCUCAGGAUCCCUGAUGCUGGACUCUCUCUGGGGCCCCACAAACAAAGAUCCCACCUCUGUUUUCUGAUGACAGCUCCUGAACAACAGCGUUCAUACUUACAAAGUUAGAUAGAGAUUUAUUUUUUAGAGAUUUUAUUAUACCUUAGACCUCGGCGCCCCCAAGUGGCAGCAUAAAUAACACACAGUGGACCAAACUUCUCUGGGAUUGUCUCAUUCGUCUACAGACCAAAAUAUGUCAUGAGAAUAACUGGAAAUGUCACAAAAAGGAAUUUACGGAUAGUGUGAGAAAUAUGUCAGAAAAUCGCUUUCAGUAUCAUAUUUAAAAGACCUACAGACUAAACAUGACCCUCCACUCAGACCAAAUACUGCAACAGGAUAAAGAAUGUAAAUCCCUCUUCUCUGUCUUUUUAUUAGUCACACAAUGUGUAAGGUUUUGAGGUCAGGUUUUUUCUUCGUCCGGCUCCUCAUCAUGACGUCCUGCGUCAUUCAGUCAUUUUUGGCUGUUUGACACAUGAUUCAGUCCAUGGUGCAUAUUUGCAGUAAACACGUUGGCAAAUGUCAUCAGGAUUUUUUCCCUCUAAGGAAGUGAAACACUGGACACAGGUUGACAGGUUAAAGUGAGCUGGGUCAUUCUAAAAAGACACCAUAGCUGUGUCCCAGUUCAGAUUCUGUGUUUGAAGACCGAUUGCAUCACAGCGGUGUGACUGUCCCAUUUCAGAGGUUCCUGAGAAAUGCGUCUGGGGUGUUCUUCUCCUGGGCCAUGAAGGUUCCAAUCGGUAGAUCUUUCGUGGUCCAACCUAUCCCAAGAUUCAUUGUGAGCAGGUAAUGAAAACAAUAUAUCAGCAAACAAACUGACAGAGAGCCUGAGGAUUAAGUGUCAGUAUCGGGUUUCAGCUCAGUUCAAAAGCUAAUGGUAGAACUUUUAGGGUCUUAAAACCUCAAGUUUUUGUGAAAAAAAAGUUAUGUGUUGUCAAGGUUGCUAGGCAACAGCAGCUACAUUUUGCAACAAAACAGUAAUGGCACGUAGACCAGAAUGUCUCAUUUCAGUUUGGCCUUUGCGGCCUAAGAAGAGCCACACCUUCAUAGACCAUGUCCUCUGAAGGAUGCAGCCCCUGAACUGUGACACAGCUAAACUGACUUGACAGACUGGCAAGGCUACAAACAACCCAUAAUGCAUCACUCUCUGUAGGAGCUGGUCUUACACCAGUGUUCUAUCCAUUCUAGAAGAAUACCUGAUGUUGUGAAUACAUGUAUGUAGAUGUGUUCAGAUUGAAUAUGACCCCCCAGAAAAGAAACAGUGUCCAGUGAUUGACAGUAACAUGGUGGGAGGGACUAAAGCAGCACAAACUGUGUAAAUACUGUGACAUACUGUACAGGAGUUCAUGUGUGUAGAUGAUGUAAAUUGUUGGAGUUCAUGCUCUUUUUUCUCUCUUCAAUAAAAUGUUGAUGCUGAAAAUAA